UUUACUUUUUAAAUCUGAGCAGCUGCUCUGGAGGGCGGGGUAUUCGGAAAGUGCUGCUCCGAUUGGGGCGCUCGAUAGGGGGAAGAGAGAUGGCGUGCUUGUUGGAGGCCCCUCUCCGCAUCAGCGUGUUAUCUGAGGUCACGGCCACCAGCCGCCAUUAUGUUGACCGGCUGUUCCACCCCGAUCCACAGAAAGUGCUGCAGGGAGUCAUUGACAUGAAGAAUGCUGUCAUCGGAAACAACAAACAGAAAGCCAACCUGAUUGUCCUGGGAGCUGUGCCCAGGUUACUGUACCUGCUCCAGCAGGGCUUAUCCAGCUCUGAGCUGAGGACAGAGGUGUUGGGCUCAGAACUGAGGACAGAGGGUGCGGUGGUGCUGAGGACAGAGGUGCUGGGCUCAGAACUGAGGACAGAGGGUGCGGUGGUACUGGGCUCAGAACUGAGGACAGAGGGUGUGGUGGUACUGGGCUCAGAUCUGAGGACAGAGUGUGUUGUGUUGCUGGGCUCAGAACUGAGGACAAAGGGUGCGGUGGUGCUGAGGACAGAGUGUGUGGUGGUACUGGGCAGUCUGGCCAUGGGCACAGAGAACAACAUCAAGUCCCUGGUGGACUGUCACAUCAUCCCUGCUCUGCUGCAAGGUCUGGUAUGUCCAGACCUGGUCUUCAUCGAGGCUUGUCUUCGCUGCCUCAGGACAGUCUUCAUCAGUCCAGUCACCCCAGUGCAGCUUCUCUACACUGACCCCACUGUGAUUCCCCAUUUGAUGUCCCUGCUGAGUCGGUCUCCGCGGACGCAGGACUACAUCACCCAGAUCUUCUCCCACUGCUGCAAGAGUCCAGAGCAUCAGACGGUUCUGUUUAACCACGGGGCGAUCCAGAACAUUGCUCCCAUGCUCAUCUCUCUCUCCUAUAAGGUACGUAUGCAGGCAUUAAAAUGCUUCUCAGUCCUGGCCUAUGAGAACACUCAGGUCUCCAUGACAUUGGUGAAUGUGCUGGUUGAUGGGGAUCUGCUCUCUCAGGUGUUUGUCAGAAUGUUGCAAAGGGAUCUGCCCAUUGAAAUGCAGCUCACAGCAGCCAAGUGUCUAACAUACAUGUGUCGAGCGGGAGCCAUCAGAACAGAUGACAGGUGCAUUGUUUUAAAGACCCUGCCGUGCCUGGUGAGGAUGUGCAGUAAGGAGCGUCUGUUGGAGGAGCGUGUGGAGGGGGCAGAGACCCUGGCCUACCUGAUGGAGCCCGAUGUGGAGCUGCAGAGGAUCGCCAGUGUAACCGACCACCUAGUGGCCAUGCUGGCUGACUACUUCAAAUACCCCAGCUCUGUCAGCGCCAUCACUGACAUCAAGAGGGUGAGACACUGGACUGUAGUCUUUGAACCUAGCCAGGCAGUCUUACAAGGCAGAGAAAACAGUGACCAUCAGGAAAACACUGAAACUGUGUUGGAUCACGACCUGAAGCACGCACAUGAGCUGAGGCAAGCUGCCUUCAAGCUGUACGCCUCACUGGGCUCCAACGAUGAAGACAUCCGCAAGAAGAUCACAGAGACCGAGAACAUGAUGGACAGGAUAGUGAGCGGCCUGUCAGAAUCCAGCAUCAAGGUGCGGCUAGCAGCCGUCAGGUGUCUUCACAGUCUGUCCCGGUCAGUCCAGCAGUUGAGGACUAGUUUUCACGACCACGCAGUAUGGAAACCCCUUAUGAAGUUGUUACAGAACGCUCCAGACGAGGUGCUGGUCAUGGCCUCUUCUACACUAUGCAAUCUGCUGCUGGAGUUCUCCCCCAGCAAAGAGCCUAUCCUGGAGUCAGGGGUGGUAGAGUUACUGUGCAGUCUGACCCAGAGUGACAGUCCAGCCCUGAGGGUCAACGGCAUUUGGGCUCUCAUGAACAUGGCGUUCCAGGCAGACCAGAAGGUGAAAGGGGAGAUUGUGAGAGCUUUGGGGACGGAGCAGCUUUUCCGUCUGCUCUCUGACCCGGACACUAACGUCCUGAUGAAGACCUUGGGCCUGUUACGGAACCUGCUCUCCACACGACCUCACAUAGACCAGAUCAUGAGUUCCCAUGGGAAGCAGAUCAUGCAGGCGGUCACUCUGAUCCUGGAGGGGGAACACAGCAUCGAGGUCAAGGAGCAGACACUCUGCAUCCUAGCCAAUAUUGCCGAUGGCAACACAGCCAAGGAACUCAUCAUGACCAAUGACGACAUCCUCCAGAAAAUCAAAUAUUACAUGGGUCACUCUAAUGCGAAGCUCCAGCUGGCAGCAACAUUCUGUAUCUCCAACCUGAUCUGGAAUGAGGAGGGCAGUGAGGCCGAUGCCAUGACAGGCUGCCAGGAGCGUCAGGACAAGCUGAGGGAGUUGGGCUUUGUAGACAUUCUGCACAAACUCACCCAGGCCUUAGACCCCAACCUCUGUGAAAGGGCGAAAACAGCGAUGCAGCAUUAUCUGGCGUGACCCCACGGGGGCAGUCUCAGAUGUUGUUUCCCCUAACAACACAACUAACAAACCAACCGCCUGCCAGGUGGAGACAUGCCUCCUUGCUGCCAUUGUUUUGUUCUGAUCUCCUUCACUUUAAUCUUCCGUUUUUGUUUGGUUGCACAAAGACACCUUUUGAGCUGCAGAGGCAGAGUCCCCUUCCACCUCAUCACCCCAAUACUGACCUCCAUCCCAGCCGGAGACUUUAAGACUCGGUUGGAUGGGGAAACGAGUGCUUGCUGCUCACCAACUGGGGGUAGGUUUCAUUAUUAUAAUAAUUUUUUUAUUCAAAGAGGGGAAGAUUUUGUUUUUUCUUCUUGGACUUGAUGUGAAGGAAGAAAGGAUUAGUAAUGUGCAGCACAGCAGCCAGCCAUCGCAGCACAACGCCACCUUGUGGCCAGGAGGCCUUGGUGCUUUUGGACUCGUUAUGGAGGAGAUGGACUGAAAGACGUCACAGAGCCGGACUAAAGGUUCUGACGGAGAGGGCAGGGUUGUGGGAGCAUCACUUCCUCUUGCUUUAAUUUAGCUAAUUAUUCAUUAUUGAUAUUACUAUUAUUAUUAUUUGAAUGGCUUUAUGUCACGAGAGGACACGUUUGGGUAAAAAAGACUGUUAAUUUUGAAAUGUGUGGUGGUUUCUUUUUUGUGUGUAUACAUACCUCGUAAAUAUAUAGAAACAUAUAAAUAUAUUUUUGGGAUUUUUCA